AUGCAGUGCUCUUGUGCUGAAGUUCAGCACUGUGUCCUGAAGGGUUGUCUAGCAGCAGUGAGAUGGGUUGCUCUUUGCACAGUUAAAAAGUCAAUAAGCUUCCUCCAGCUUGUAUGUCUGACUAAUUUAGAAUGCAACCUGGAUGUAGGUGAGAGCUGCAGAACUGUCUCUUCUCAGUGCACGGACAGAGCACAGCACACAUUUCUAGAUUGGUUGAAGUUCUGCGGCUGUACCCUACAGGACCGAGGGCACCGAGACUCCAAUAUACAAGGACCCUACAGUAUCGUCUGCAGCAUGAGCUGGCUGAAUAGGAUUGCAUUGCUUUUCUUGGGAGUAUUACUAGCAGAAAGAGUGAACUGCCAGCAUGUGAAGAAUAACGUGCCAAGACUCAAAUUAUCCUAUAAAGAGAUGUUGGAAACCAACAAUGUAAUCACUUUCAAUGGACUAGCCAAUAGCUCCAAUUACCACACUUUCCUUUUGGAUGAGGAACGGAGUAGACUAUAUGUUGGAGCAAAGGAUCACAUAUUUUCUUUCAACCUGGUUAACAUCAAGGAAUAUCAAAAGAUUUUUUGGCCUGUGUCUCAUACCCGAAGGGAUGAGUGUAAGUGGGCUGGAAAAGAUAUUCUGAAAGAAUGUGCUAAUUUCAUCAAGGUGCUUAAAGCUUACAACCAGACUCACUUGUACGCCUGCGGAACUGGGGCUUUUCAUCCAGUUUGCACCUAUAUUGCAAUCGGACGACAUCCUGAGGACAACAUUUUUAAACUGGAGGAUUCACAUUUUGAAAAUGGACGAGGGAAAAGCCCCUAUGACCCCAAAUUGCUGACAGCUUCUCUUUUAAUAGAUGGAGAAUUGUACUCUGGGACAGCAGCAGACUUCAUGGGUAGAGAUUUUGCCAUUUUCCGAACUCUGGGGCACCAUCAUCCGAUCAGGACAGAGCAGCAUGAUUCCCGUUGGCUGAAUGAUCCUAGGUUUGUUAGUGCCCACCUAAUACCAGAGAGUGAUAACCCAGAAGAUGACAAAAUCUAUUUCUUCUUCCGUGAAAAUGCAAUUGAUGGAGAGCACUCUGGAAAAGCCACCCAUGCCAGAAUAGGGCAGAUCUGCAAGAAUGACUUUGGUGGACACAGAAGCCUUGUUAAUAAAUGGACAACUUUCCUUAAAGCACGCCUGAUUUGUUCUGUGCCAGGACCCAAUGGCAUUGAUACUCAUUUUGAUGAACUACAGGAUGUGUUUCUAAUGAACUCAAAAGACCCCAAAAAUCCAAUAGUCUAUGGAGUGUUUACAACUUCCAGCAACAUCUUCAAGGGGUCAGCAGUUUGUAUGUACAGCAUGACAGAUGUAAGGAGAGUGUUCCUUGGUCCAUAUGCUCACAGAGAUGGUCCCAACUAUCAAUGGGUACCUUACCAAGGACGUGUACCAUAUCCGCGGCCAGGAACUUGUCCCAGUAAAACAUUUGGAGGCUUUGACUCUACCAAGGACCUUCCUGAUGAAGUCAUCACAUUUGCAAGAAGUCAUCCAGCAAUGUACAACCCUGUAUUCCCUAUCAAUAAUCGUCCAAUCAUGAUCAAAACAGAUGUGGAUUACCAGUUCACACAGAUAGUAGUAGACCGGGUCGAUGCAGAAGAUGGCCAGUAUGAUGUCAUGUUCAUUGGAACAGAUAUUGGGACGGUUCUUAAAGUGGUUUCAAUUCCUAAGGAGACUUGGCAUGAUUUAGAAGAAGUCUUGCUGGAAGAAAUGGCAAUCUUUCGGGAACCCACGGUUAUUUCUGCCAUGAAGAUUUCCACAAAGCAGCAACAACUCUACAUUGGCUCAGCUGCUGGAGUUUCACAGCUUCCUUUGCACCGCUGCGACGUGUAUGGAAAAGCAUGUGCUGAGUGCUGCCUUGCUAGAGACCCUUACUGUGCUUGGGACGGCUCUUCGUGCUCGCGUUACUUCCCCACUGCUAAGAGGCGUACUAGACGACAAGAUAUCCGAAAUGGAGAUCCUCUCACUCACUGUUCUGACCUGCAGCAUCAUGAUAACCCAAGUGGGCAGAGCCUGGAAGAAAAGAUUAUCUACGGAGUAGAGAACAGCAGCACUUUCUUGGAGUGCAGUCCAAAAUCUCAGCGUGCUCUAGUUUACUGGCAAUUCCAGAAGCAAAAUGAGGACCGAAAAGAAGAGAUAAAAGUGGAUGAUCAUUUCAUCAGGACAGAACAAGGCCUUCUGCUACGGACCCUUCACCGGAAAGACUCCGGCAUUUACUUUUGUCAUGCCGUGGAGCAUGGCUUCAUGCAAACUCUGCUCAAAGUGACUCUGGAAGUAAUUGAUACUGAACACCUGGAAGAGCUGCUUCAUAAGGAAGACGAUGGUGAUGGCUCCAAGGCCAAAGAGAUUUCCAACAGCAUGACCCCUAGUCAGAAAGUCUGGUAUAGAGACUUCAUGCAGUUAAUCAACCACCCCAACCUCAAUACAAUGGAUGAGUUCUGCGAACAGGUUUGGAAAAGGGACCGCAAACAACGUCGGCAAAGACCCGCCAACGCCCAGGUGAAUACUAAUAAGUGGAAGCACCUACAAGAAAAUAAGAAAGGUAGGAACAGGAGGACCCACGAAUUUGAGAGGGCACCACGGAGUGUCUGA